ACGGCGAUGGCCGCGAGGCGGCGGCUGAGGCUCGCGACUAUUCUACUGGUGGCCUCGCGAGCGGCUGCGCUGGCGACGCCGGCCACGCGAUCGCUCUCGCCGCCCGCUCACCGCUUUGCGCCGCCGCCGCUCCGCACCGCGGGUCCGCUUUUGUGCAGCGGCGCAGGCGGCGUCAGCAGCAAAGGCGACGCUGCAGAGCAUCCACCAGACUGGGGUGGGCGGCCGCGGGGACUGGGGCCACGCGGGUGGCCCAGCAGAGCGGCUGCAGUCCGAGCGGCACGGCUUCGCCGCCGCUGGCUACUGCAGCUCGAGCGGGCGGGCGGGUGGCUUAGCGCGAUGGCGGCGGCGGCCUCCCGCAGCGCGGCGAGUGCACGUGUGGCGCUCGUGGCGGUGCUGCUGAUGGCGUGCACGAGUCGCGGCCCGCUCGCGGACCGGCUGGCCGAGCCGGCGGGCGGGGGAGCUCCACCCUCCACCAUGCAGCGGCUCGUUCAAUCUCGCGGCGCCGAGGAGCGGGUGAGGGUUCGCUUCGGCGGCGGCGGCGGCCGCACCUCUGCCGCCGCCACCGCUCUUGCGAGGACGGCGGAAGCGCCGAGCGGCUUGGUGGGGCGCAGCGCCAGCGCGGUGGCGCAGACGUGGCGGGAGGUGCGCGAGCACGCCUCGCCGGCAGAGCGGGAUACGAUGGUGCUCCUCGCAACCGCCGCGCUGGUGACGCCGAUCAUGGGCACCCUCAACCUCUCGCCCGUCCUCGGCUUCCUCUUCGCCGGCAUCCUCCUCGGGCCGACCGGCCUCGGCGUUGUGUCGGAUGUCGCCACCACGACCAAGCUCGCGGAGUUCGGCGUCGUCUUCUUCCUCUUCGAGAUGGGGCUGGAGCUCGAGUUGGAGAGGCUAAAGUCGGUGGGGCGCGACGCCUUUCGGCUCGGGGGCGCACAGUUCGCGCUCACCUCUCUGGUCUUCGGCGCCGUCGCCACCGCGUUCGGCGCCUCGGGGCCGGCGGCCGUCGUCUUGGGCGGCGGCCUCGCGCUCUCCUCCUCGGCCUUCGUGAUCCAGCUGCUGUCGGAGAAGGGGGAGCUCGCCACCCGCUUCGGCCGCGCCUCCUUCGGCAUCUUGCUCUUCCAGGACAUCGCCGACAUCGCCGUCGUCCCCCUCCUCGUCGUCACGCCGCUUCUCGGUGGCUCAUCCGGCGCAGCCCUCGGCGCCGCCCUUCGCGUCGCCGCUAUCAAGAGCGCCUCGGCCCUCGCAAUCAUCUUCCUCACCGGGCGGCUGCUGCUCCAGCGCGCUUUUCAGCUCGUCGCGUCGGCGCGCGACCAGACCGCCUUCUUGCCGCCGUCACCGUCAGCGUGCAUCGCGCGCGACCAGACCGCCUUCCUCGCAAUCACGCUGCUGACGGUGCUCUCGAUGUCAGCCUUCACGCAAGCGCUGGGCUUCUCGCUGCUGACCUGCUGCUUAGGCCUCUUCUUCGUGACCACCGGCUUCUCCAUCGACCUGCCCCCCCCCACUGACCAGCUCGCUGCUGGCCUCUUCUUCGUGACCACCGGCUUCUCCAUCGACCUGCCCCUCGCCCUCGCCUCCGCGCCCGCUGUCGUAGGACUCGCGCUCGCCCUGCACCUCUCCAAGACGGCGAUCGUCGCCGCUAUCUGCACCGCCAACCAGAUGAAGCCCGCCGCCGCGCUUCGCUCGGGCACUGCUCAUCUCGCGGCCACGGCGACGUCUCGCCUGCUGCUCUCGCAGGGCGGCGAGUUCGCAUUCGUCAUCUUUGGCCUGGCGCAGACGCACGGCAUCCUCCCUGUUGGGCAGGUCAAGCUCAUGCUGACGGUGGUCGUGCUCUCGAUGUUCCUCACGCCUUUCCUCAACGAGCUGGGCGCGUCCCUCUCGACGCGGCUCGAGAAGGCGCGCGGCGGGCUCGUGCUGCAGCCCGACUCCGAAGACAUCGACAAGGGGGAGUACGUGCUCGUGUGCGGCUUCGGGCGCGUCGGGCAGGCAGUGUGCGAGCUGCUCACCGCAAGGCUCGUGCGCUACAAGGCCUUCGACAUGGACCCGUACCGCGUCGCAGAGGCGCGCGAGCUUGGCCUGCCCGUCUUCUACGGCGACGCGUGCCGGCCGGACGUGCUUCGCUCCUUCAUGUCGGACGAGGCUCAGCUGACGUCGGUCGUCGUGACGCUGGACGACGAGCGCUCCUGCACCAAGGCGGUGCGAGCGCUCCGCCGCCAGUACCCCACCGCUACCGACAUGCCCAUCUUUGUGCGUGCCGUCAACGAGCAGCACCGCCGCAAGCUGGCCGCCUCCUCGGCGACGGCCCUCGAGACGGGGCCCGAGGAGUCGGCGCUGAUGCUCGGCGGCGCGCUGCUCGCGUCGCUCGGGACUCCCAAGCAGGAGCAGCGGGCCCUAGACGCGGAAUAUCUCCCCGAGGUCCUCUCGCUGAUCGACGACAUGCGCGCGUCCAUGUUCACCGACCGCAUGUCCGUCAUUCGGGACUCGUUUGUCGAGCGCAAGCCGCGCGGCAAGAAGAAGGCCGCCAAGGAGAAGCGGCCUGAGGGGGGCGUCGUUGACGUGGCCGCCGCCGUCGAGAGGCCCAAGCAAUUCGGGUGA